AUGUCAACUCUUAAAAUUAUUUCACAUAAUUUCCCGGCUUCUUUAGAUCGUAAAGCACCAGGAAAAGGUGGUAAUCUCCGAAUCGUUGCAAAUUCAUAUGUGACAACAGGCAAUGACACAAAAAACAACGAUGGUAAAAUAUCUCUUAUAUUUGCACAUGCUACCGGAUUUCAUAAAGAAUUAUGGAAUCCUAUCAUAAAUAUGUUGCAUGAACGAAGACAUCGAUGGAACGGUGGAGAUAUGUGGGCUUUGGAUUGUUCGAAUCAUGGAGAUUGUGCAGUGUUAAAUAAAGAUAUUUUACCUGAUAAAUUUCUAUGGUCCGAUUUUGCUCGAGAUAUCCUUCAACUUAUCGAUGAGGCGAAGAUUCAAAAACCAAUUAUUGGUGUAGGGCAUUCACUCGGUGGAGCUUCCAUGUUAAUGGCAGAAAAUUUUCGGCCUGGUACUUUUUCUAGUAUUUUGGUCAUUGAGCCUAUACUUAGGCCUGUUUUCCUUGAAUUUUGGGACCUUGAAUAUACAACCGUUACAAAAAGAAGAGACAUAUGGCCAGACAGAGAAACAGCGCAUAAUAAUUUUAGUAUGAAUAAAUUUUUUCAAAGUUGGGACCCUGAAAUGCUUAAUCUCUAUGUUCAAUAUGGAUUAUAUGAAUUGCCAUCCGGUGAAGUUACCUUAAAAUGCCCUAAAACUCAAGAGUUUCAUACAUUUUUUUACGAUAGGAGUUUACAAGUCACUACAUUUCAUCAAAUGUCGAAAAUUCAAUGCCCCAUUCUAUUUGUUGUUGGUGAUUCUUCGAAUUUCGAUUUUAAAGACCUGUCUCUUCAUAAAGCAUCACAAUGUCAACAUAGUGAGCUUAUAUCUGUAGAUGCUGGCCAUUUGGUGCCAAUGGAAAAACCUGCGCAAGUUGCUUACAUUAUUGAAUAUUUCGCGCGCAAAUUUUUGAGAGAUAAUGAUUUAUUACAAAAAAAUCAACCUGAAGACAACAAU